UGGGACGGAGCUCAGAGCACGUAGAGACACGGGGUUCGAUGGCGGUUGAGAUGGAGGAGACCUUAAAGAUCGUGGAAGUGUGGAAUCUCAGAGUGGUUGGGGUGGAAGGGUCCUUAAAGGUCAUAGAAUCGUGAGGUUCUGCAGUGAUUGGGGUGGAAGGGUCCUUAAAGAUCAUGAAACCAUGGAAUUCUCAAGUAGUUGUGUUGGAAGGGUCCUUAAAGGUCAUAGAACACAAAAUCCUGCAGUGGUUGGGGUGGAAGGGUCCUUAAAGGUCAUAGAAUCGUGAGGUUCUGCAGUGAUUGGGGUGGAAGGGUCCUUAAAGAUCGUGGAACCAUGAAAUUAUCAAGCAGUUGGGGUGGAAGGGUCCUUAAAGGUCGUAGAAUCAUGAGGUUCUACGGUGAUUGGGUUGGAAGGGUCCUUAAAGAUCGUGGAACCAUGGAAUCUCAGAGUUGUUGGGUUGGAAGGGUCCUUAUAGGUUAUAGAACACAAAAUCCUGCAGUGGUUGGGGUGGAAGGGUCCUUAAAGGUCAUAGAAUCGUGAGGUUCUGUAGUGGUUGGGUUGGAAGGGUCCUUAAAGAUUGGCUCCAGUGAUUGGUUUGGAGCAGAGCUCCAAGGUCAUGGAACCACCAGAUCCUACAGUGGUUGGGGUGGAGGAGACCUUAAAGGUGAUAAAAGCAUGGGAUUCAACAAGAGUUGGGUUGGGAGGGUCCUCAAAGAUGAUAGGAGCACGGAAUCCUGCAGUGGUUGGGCUGGGAGGGUCCUUCAAGGUCACAGGACCAAGGAAUCCUGCGGUGAUUGGGCUGGGAGGGUCCUUAAAGGUCACAGAACCAAGGAAUCCUGCGGUGGUUGGGCUGGGAGGGUCCUUAAAGGUCAGAGAACCAAGGAAUCCUGCAAUGGUUGGGCUGGGAGGGUCCUUCAAGGUCACAGGACCAAGGAAUCCUGCGGUGAUUGGGCUGGGAGGGUCCUUAAAGGUCACAGGACCAAGGAAUCCUGCGGUGAUUGGGCUGGGAGGGUCCUUAAAGGUCACAGGACCAAGGAAUCCUGCAAUGGUUGGGCUGGGAGGGUCCUUCAAGGUCACAGGACCAAGGAAUCCUGCAGUGAUUGGGCUGGGAGGGUCCUUAAAGGUCACAGAACCAAGGAAUCCUUCGGUGGUUGGGCUGGGAGGGUCCUUAAAGGUCACAGGACCAAGGAAUCCUGCGGUGGUUGGGCUGGGAAGGUCCUUAAAGGUCACAGGACCAAGGAAUCCUGCGGUGGUUGGGCUGGGAAGGUCCUUAAAGGUCACAGGACCAAGGAAUCCUGCGGUGAUUGGGCUGGGAGGGUCCUUAAAGGUCACAGAACCAAGGAAUCCUGCGGUGGUUGGGCUGGGAAGGUCCUUAAAGGUCACAGGACCAAGGAAUCCUGCGGUGAUUGGGCUGGGAAGGUCCUUAAAGGUCAGAGAAUCACAGAACCCUCAAAUGGUUGGGUUGGAGAAGAGCUUGAGGGUCACAGAACCACCAGAUCCUGCGGCGGAUGGGGUGGGAAGGUCCUGGAAGGUCCCAUAAUCUCCCUUGUAGGCAUUUAGGAUUCCCCAGACGUGACGUUUGUUGCCAUUUCUGCAUCUUUUAGUGGGGUUUUUGUUUGGGGGGGGGGGUCA